AUGGCUCCACCUCGCGACUCGAAGAAAUAUGCAAGGGUUUCAUUCCCAACGUACGUUGUACAGGUAUCCCGUCACCCCGACGAACAAGUCGCUUUCCAGAGUCUCGUCGAUCGCAUGUUCAAAGCUGAAGGUCAAAGGCUCGAGACCUCCAUGCAAGCUGAUAUGCAAUACCGUCUUCGUCUCGAAUGGCGUAUCCCCAUCAUCCUAUUCGGACUGUCACCCCUCAUGCCUACGCUGUUCCGAGUAAUCCCCAUCGACGACACUGUCCCCAUCAUCAAGAACAACUCGCCAGCUUUCCUCGCCAUUUACAAGCUCUUGAUCAAAAACUCAUCAGGCUUAAGCGACGUCAUUCGGGAGAAGGAAGCCAAUAAUGGUGCUGGAGAAGGAACAGAACCAUUCGAUCUCGCUGAUGAGGGAAGCACGAUCUUCUACAAGUGUCCUUCUUGCGGUCAUGGAUUCAAGGAAGACAAUUGA